AUGGCCACAUCUUUAAUGUCCACGUCGAAACCUGCCGCAUCUGCUCCCUUGACAGACGGAGUAUUUGCAUCAGUCUUCUCACCUUCGGUCGUCAAGCCACCCAAAUAUCGUCGACAUUUCGCUCUCCAAACCCUUGCAACGAUCCCGGAAAUCCAAACCGCUUUACACAAACAUCUGAGAGUGCUUCUCGGAGUGGGUGACGAGUCUUUCGUCUAUGGGCAGAAUCGCUGGGUGUCUACUGCUGGCGCUCCCUUCCACAGCCACCUCGGAUCUUGUCCCCCCCCCGACCGGCUCAGGCCGCCGACAGCAACCGAUCAUGCUGUGCAGAUUGCAAGGGAGGCAGAGGCUCCGAUCUGGGGCAUGCUAGCCGCAUGGCGUACGGCAGUCGGCUCUGAAACAAUGACAAAGUUACUGGCAUCAGUACUCAAUGAUCUGAUGACUGAGUUCGUGACCUGGUCCUACACCGGAGUCUACCGUGAAGGGCUUCAUCUCCACCUUGAGUUCUGGGUAGAUCAUUUGUUUUCCAGGAUCGCACGCAAGGUUCUCUGUUGUAUCGACGAAAAGUUGGAAACACAACCUCUGCCGGAGACAGAGGUGAAGAAAUGGAUGGACAUGGCUACCGCCCGUUUGGGCGCUCUCCGGGUUGAUGAACUCUUUGAGAUAAUAGUCGACUGGGACGCCACCGCACCAGCAAUUGAAGAUCUCCGGUAUUUCACGACAAACCCUACAACAAGAGGGUAUUUGACGCUCAAUUUCGUAAAUGUCCUACAAGCACGUCUUCUCCACCCUGGCGCGUCGACCAUUGAGAUCCUACAAUUUUACAUUUCGAUCAUCCGGUCAUUUCGGAUCCUCGAUCCAAGGGGAGUCCUCCUGGAUCGCGUCGUCAGGAGAGUCCGACGCUACCUCCGAGAGCGAGAUGAUACGGUAAAGGUGAUCGUGGGUGGACUGCUGGCUGACAUCACACCGGACGAGACUGGGCAGCUUCCACCGUCCGAUCCAGACGUACUUACGGAACUCGCUCAUGAACUGACCCGUCAUACCACGCGGGAGAAUACUAUAGACGACGGUGAAUUUGAUUGGAACAAUAUGGACUGGAUGCCUGACCCCAUCGACGCGGCCCCGGACUAUAUGAAAUCCAACAAAAUAACAGACGUAAUCAGCAGUCUCGUUGAGCUAUUCGAAACGAAGGACGUGUUUGUCAAGGAACUCCAAUCCACCGUGGCGGAGAGGUUGCUCAAGAAUAAAGCCGACUUCAAUCAGGAGAUUGGUAUGCUGGAGCACUUGAAAAUACGUUUUGGAGACUCUGCGCUGCAAGGGUGCGAAGUCAUGUUAAGGGACGUUCUGGAUUCGAAGAAAGUGGAUAAAGUCAUUAGGAAAGAUUUGGAAACUCAACAAGGAAAGAAGGGACGGCCCGUCAGGCAAAGGGACGACAGUGUCCAGAUUCACGCAAAGAUCCUCUCACGCUUGUUUUGGCCGCCCAUGCCGGAGCAGUCAUUUAAUCUGCCAUCAGUGGUGAUGGAGCAGCAACGAAACUAUGAACAGGGAUUUGGAGCCCUCAAGCAGUCGCGGAAGUUGACUUGGAUCAAUACCAUCGGUCAAGUGGAAGUUGAAUUGGAGCUGGAGGACCGCACUUACCGUGAUGAGGUCCUCCCAUGGCAAGCGACCGUCAUUUACGCCUUCCGGGAGGAUCCUGCCGGAAUAGCUGAGCAACCUAUCAAAAAGACCGUUGCGGAACUUGCAUCUGAUCUUGCAAUGUCCCCAACCCUCGUUCGCUCCGCCUGCAUAUUCUGGGCCUCAAGACGCAUCCUCGCCGAAACCUCUCCCAACACAUUCUCCGUCAUCGAGCGACUCCCUAGUGGAACACAUGAUGACAACGACACAUUGAUGAGCGAAGGCGGUCUAUCUGCUAAUCAACCCACGGACAGUAGUUUGGCCGCCGCAGAAGCUGCCGCCUUAGCUGCCGCGACCAGGGAGGCCGAAGAAGCGGAGCGCAGACAGAAGAUGGCGAUGUAUCAUCGAUUUAUUGUAUCCAUGCUCACGAAUCAGGGCGCUAUGCCACUGGCGAGGAUUUCGAUGAUGUUGUCCAUUGUGGUCCCUGGCGGAUUCCCAUUUAGUAACGAGGAAUUGAAAGAGUUUCUGGCGUCCAUGGUGAAAGAAGACGUGUUGGAAGUUGGGAAAUCGGGUGUUUAUAAGGUCGUCGCUGGUUGA